AUGUGGAGUAAAAGUACGCUGGGGCUGGAACCGAGUGAAAUCGGUCAACCCACGGGCCCAUCAGGCGGAUCCGGCCAGGAAGCUGGAGUCGGAUCAGCCAGUCGAAAGGGAGGGGAUCAAGGCAAACAGCUCAGUUGCGGAGAAUGGCAAGACUCACUGAGGAUGCUGGCGAAACGACUGGGAAUGUACCAAGUCCGCGGUCCUAUUCUGGAUAUUCUCAUGCACACUAUGGACUCUGGUCAAAGUGUGCUUCUCUAA